AUGGAUGUCUCUCAAGCUGUCUCCGGAUACCUCUCCAAGAUGAUGCUAUCAUCGGGCGAUCCUUCGUCUUCAAAGAUGAAGGUUCUGCUGCUAGAUAGGGAGACUAUUUCCAUUGUCUCAACAGCCAUCACACAGUCAUCGCUGCUUGAUUAUGAAAUCUAUCUCAUUGACCGCCUGGACAAUGCUAGCCGCGAGAAGAUGCGCCAUCUCCGGUGUAUAUGCCUGGUUCGCCCCUCAUCAGAGACGAUACAACUGCUUAUAGAUGAGCUUCGGGAUCCGAAAUACGGAGAGUAUUAUCUAUUCUUCACAAACGUAGCCAAAAAGUCUGCCCUGGAGCGGCUUGCCGAGGCGGACGACCACGAAGUUGUCAAGCUUGUGCAGGAGCAUUUCGCCGAUUAUAUCGUCAUCAACCCAGAUCUAUUUAGUCUCAACAUGUCUCUUCCGCAACAGCGGAUAUGGGCUGGUGGACCUGACAAAUGGCACCCCGAUGCUCUCCAGCGGUGCUCUGAAGGUCUUUUGGCUGUACUUCUCUCUCUGAAGAAGAAGCCGUUAAUCAGAUAUGAGAAGAGCAGUCCCCUUGCUACAAAACUGGCCUCCGAAGUACGCUACAUAAUGACAAAAGAGGAGCAGCUAUUCGAUUUCCGGAAAGUCGAUACACCUCCCAUACUUCUCAUACUGGACCGCAGGGAGGAUCCGGUGACACCUCUUCUCACCCAGUGGACGUACCAAGCCAUGGUUCACCAUCUUCUCGGUAUCAAAAACGGCCGUGUUGAUCUUAGCGAGGUUCCUGAUAUCCGGCCCGAGCUCAAGGAAAUUGUCCUCUCUCAAGACCAGGAUCCAUUCUUCAAGAAGAAUAUGUAUCUGAACUUUGGUGACUUGGGCGGAACGAUCAAGGAAUAUGUCGAGCAGUACCAGUCCAAGACGAAAAACAAUGCCAAUAUCGAGUCAAUAUCUGAUAUGAAACGGUUCAUCGAAGAGUAUCCGGAAUUUCGGAAGCUCUCCGGAAAUGUAAGCAAGCAUGUUACGCUUGUGUCCGAGCUUAGCCGGAGAGUUGCUGCGGAAAGUUUAUUGGAAGUCAGUGAGCUCGAACAGAGCCUGGCUUGCAAUGACAACCAUGCUUCCGAUCUAAAGGCCGUACAAAAAAUAAUCCAGUCCCCUAACAUAACGACAGGAAGCAAGGUUGGAGUGGUAACUCUAUAUGCCUUGCGCUAUCAGAGACACCCAUCAACUGCCCUUCCCAUGCUCAUGGACCUUCUUGUUGCGGCCGGCAAUGUAUCUACGAGACAAGCAGAUCUCGUCAAGAAAGUUCUCAAGUAUCAUUCUUCAUUACACACCUCGGACUCUCGCACUGGCAUUUCAGACAUAUUCGACUCGGCAGGCAUUUUCUCUGGCACAGCAAACCGAUUCAAGGGUCUUAAGGGCGUGGAAAACGUUUAUACUCAGCAUAGCUCGCUGCUGGAAGGCACCUUGCAGAAUCUCAUCAAGGGUCGACUAAAGGAGCAACAGUAUCCGUUUGUGGAGGACGGCAGUUCCACUAGAGACAAGCCGCAGGACAUUAUCGUUUUCAUGGUUGGGGGUGUUACGUACGAGGAGGCAAAAAUGAUUGCCGGAGUCAACGCUACGAUGCCCGGCGUGCGUGUGGUUCUUGGUGGCACAUCAGUUCAUAACGCAACAACAUUUUUGGAGGAGACUCGGACAGGCGUUGAUGAUACGAUAUAUGAGAUGAGUGCCUUAUUGCGUCCUCGGUCGUUUCACUGGCGCCCCAGUUUGAGACAUCGUGCGUUGCAAGGCUUUUCCGUGAGACCGCAAAGAGAGAAAACGUCAACUAACACGUACAGUAGAGCUUUCGAUGUCGUCGUUAUAGGCGGUGGGCAUGCAGGUGCCGAGGCAUGCGCUGCUGCUGCGAGAGCCGGUGCGCGGACGGCCUUGGUUACACCCAAGAUCGACAAUCUGGGGACAUGUUCCUGCAAUCCGAGUUUCGGAGGCAUUGGCAAGGGGACAAUCAUUCGAGAGAUUGAUGCGCUAGAUGGACUGGCAGGGAGGAUCAUUGAUAAGGCUGGUGUUCAAUUCCACCUGCUGAACCGUAGGAAAGGACCGGCUGUCUGGGGUCCGCGUGCACAAAUUGAUCGAGACCUUUACAAAAAGUACAUGAGAAGCGAACUCGAAUCGUAUCCGAAUCUAUCGCUUGUCCUAGAAAGCGUGUCGGACAUUAUCUUAGCAGAAAACGAAGGCUCUAGCGACGGCGCAAAGGGCACAAUCGCCGGUGUCCGACUCGAGAAUGGCGAAAUUUUACAGACUGGAAGAGUAGUCAUCACGACUGGAACUUUUCUGGGAGGCGAGAUACACAUUGGGCUUGAGGCUUAUCCAGCUGGCCGCAUUGGAGAAGCAGCAACAACGGGCUUGAGCAAAUCAUUACGGGAAGCAGGCUUCCAACUAGGACGAUUGAAGACGGGUACUCCGCCGCGACUCGAUAAAUCAACUAUAAACUUCGACAUACUUCAAAGGCAGCUGGGUGAUGAUCCCCCCGCUCCUUUCAGCUACCUAAAUAGCCAGGUGGCCGUUCAAGAUCAACUCACCUGCAGCAUAACAUUCACCAACGAGGCUACGCACAAGAUUGUCCGCGAAAACUUGGAUAAAUCAAUACACAUUCGCGAAACUGUCAAGGGUCCGAGAUAUUGCCCCUCUCUGGAGUCAAAGGUUAUCCGCUUUGCAGAUAAAGAGCGUCAUAUCGUCUGGCUUGAGCCAGAAGGUUUCGACAACCCAAUCAUAUACCCUAAUGGACUUUCCAUGACAAUACCCGCAGAGGCACAAGAGCAGGUGCUGCGUUCAAUACAAGGGCUGGAGCAUGUCAAAAUGCUGCAGCCUGGUUAUGGUGUCGAGUAUGACUAUGUUGAUCCUCGGGGAUUAAAGUCCACCCUUGAGACAAAGGCAAUUGGUGGUCUUUAUCUAGCAGGACAGAUCAACGGCACCACAGGAUAUGAGGAGGCUGCGGGCCAGGGAGUCAUAGCCGGUAUGAAUGCUGGACGAGCUGCCCUUGGAUUGCCAGGCGCCUCAUUAUCUAGGUCGGAUGGCUACAUUGGCAUCAUGAUUGACGACUUAAUCACCAAGGGUGUGACAGAGCCUUACCGCAUGUUUACAUCCAGAAGCGAAUUUCGCAUGGCUGCCAGAGCAGACAAUGCGGACCUACGGUUGACGGAAAAGGGACGAGAAUGGGGCGUCGUCUCGGACCAUAGAUGGAGCGCUUUCUCGGAUGAGAAGCAACAGAUUCUAGAUCUCACCAAAUCUCUCGGUGCCGUUUCCUUGUCGCCCGACGAAUGGAUGAAGGCAGGGUUUCAGUUGAAGAAGAGCUCUCAGCGCCGAACCGGCAUUGACAUGCUGAGACUUUCCAAUACUGCCGAGCGAAUCCAACUGGACCAGCUUAGCGCCAUCGUGCCCGAAGUCAUGAACUACUCGCCGCGCAUUCGAGACAGGGUGGUUAUUGAAGCGGCUUACGCACCUUACAUUAAGAUGCAGGCGGCGGAGCGCGGGCGGUUCGUCAAUGAUGAAAAUAUUCGCCUCCCGCUUGAUUUGAACUAUGACUGCAUUCCUGGGUUGGCCUUGUCCGAGAAGGAGGUUCUGAGGAGAACACGGCCUGAGACUUUGGCGCAGGCUCGCCGUGCCGAAGGCAUUACUCCUUCUGGGUGCAUUAGAUUGCUGGCUUACAUUCGUCGUCAAGGGUCAUCUGCGGCAGUGCCUAUUGGGUUAGAAGAAAGUGCGUUGGAUGCUCGCCUCUGA